GGGGCAGCCGUCGCUGGGGUGCCCGGGGCCGGGCACAGCCCUACCCGCACCGUGCCCUGCGCCAUGGCGAGGGGACAGCUGUCGGGGGGCACCUGGGGGGCCCUGGUGCUGCUGGGGCUGAUGCUGCCGGCCGCCCCGGCGGGCGCCUGGUACAAGCACGUCGCCAGCCCCCGGUACCACACGGUGGGUCGCGCCUCGGGGCUGCUGAUGGGGGUCCGCCGCUCUCCCUACCUCUGGCGGCGGGAGCUGCCGGUCGAGCCCUCCCGGCAUCCCGAGACCCCCACAGGGGACAGCCCCCCCGGCACCCCGGGCCGCCCCGCCGGGGAGAGCCCCCCGGCCGCCGCCCCGGCCCCUCCGCCUCCCGGCCCCGGCCGCCUCCUGCAGCGCCUGCUCCGGCGGGGC